AAUCGUCUUGCAAGACAAAACCCGGAUGAAAGAAAUUACCACAUAUUUUACGGUUUACUUGCUGGCGUUUCGGAGAAUGAAAAAAGUAAGUUGCUGUAAAAUUCGUCUCCCACGUUUAACAAAACGAGAGUAAUUUUCUAAUAUUUCUGUCUUCAGAUGAGCUUCGUUUGUUACAAGCUGAAAAGUACCAUUACCUCAAUCAAAGUGGGUGUAUUAACGACCCUUCUAUUGAUGACAAAGGUGAUUUCUUUAGGGUUCUGGUGAGUGUCGUCUUAUUAUACUGUAAAAUAACUAAAUGGACUAUAUUUAAUAAUUUUUAUAUUAUAUGGGUAGUCCAUCCUAUCCGAUGAUGACUAGACGUAUUUAAAUAAGCAAAGUAAAUAUUCCUAAAUCUUGGAUCGUUUUUACGAAUGGUGUGGCGUCAUCUGCUCUAUGGUAGAGCGUUUCGUGGUGUAGAAUAACCCAGUCGAUAUGCUGAGCAACUUUCGGGUUGGUUGUAAAGAAAAGCUGGCGUUAAAGUCGAUAAAGUCUUCGGUAUUCUGGAUCGAAAUUUGACUAGUACUUGAUAUUAUAUAAAGUUCCACGUCGUGUCUGAUUUUUUUGUAACAUAUCCCUGUUCUAUCGUCUGCCUCUUCUGCUUAACUUUGGAACCGAAUCGUGCACUGUCUUUCUCCAAGCAUUUCAUUCUCUUGCUUUUUCCUCACAAGUGUUUACAUCAUUGGGAAUACUUUUGAGAUGUCUCUUCAUGGUAUCCUUACCUUAUAUUGUAGUUUUGUAUGGCCUCCUUCGUUCAUUUCCAACUCGCAGAGCUCACUGACUUUCUUCGCAAACUCGUUUCCUCCAUUCGUACCAUAUCCUGUCCAUCCUAAUAAACUGUACUGUUUAUAGCACUCUUGCUCCAUUGACCUCGUUUUUUUCACGUGGUUAUUUCCUCGUGUUUCAUGAACAAUGGGGUAUACGAUAGGCUUGUGAUUGAUGUAUAGAGGGACAAUCAGCAUCUGCACACUUCUUAGCACUUUGGUGUUAGGAGCUCUUUCAGACUAGUUGAUGUUUAUAAUUGCUUUAAGGUUACAGGACACCCUUUUUGGCGUUUUGUGGAAAAUCGCUACCGCGCUAAAAAUCAGUCAAACAGUAAAAUAAUGUAAGAAUUAUUCAGGAAAAUCUUAAGUCGCGGUACCUUUGCGCUUUUGAGUUAUGUUCCUGCUGGUUUUAAGAUAUAUUUAUGAAAAUAUCAUUUUUAUACAAUAAAAUAGUUGUUCUAAAAAAUUGUGUUCUGAAAUUUUUGUUUAUUUCGUCAUUCCGCUGAUAUGGCGAUUUCUUUGACGACUGCAAUAUAUUUCUGAAUCGUUUGUGUGAAUUGCUCCUUAUUAUUAAAAUAUCCUAAAUUAGAACAAAUCCGAACACAAUUUUGAAACUGACUUCUUUAGCUAUGUCCUGUGAAAAUUUGAGAAAAAUUCGUUAAAACCCGCAGGAGCACAACUCGUUUAAAAAUCAGUAAUUGCCGUAAAAUUCUUCGCGAGAAAAUUGAAUUUGAAUAUUACAUUUUCAAUGUUUUUCUUAUUGCAAGCGAAAUGUAUUUUAUUAAAUAACUCAGCGAGUUGUCAACAUUUUCGUCCAAACUUGGCCAGUUAGUAGAACUAGUCUAAUGCUUUCAUGGGAACCAAUAAAAAAAUUUUAGGCAAAAUUAACACUCAAAGGUGUUCUGUAACCUUAAUAGUCCACCCAUUCGCUUCUCACAACCUAAACCCUGUUAUUGAAUAAUAAUAAAAGUGCUAUAAGACAGUAACGAAUAUCUGUUUUACAGUAGCAGUAUUCCGAUUGAUAGGGAAAAAGGGAAGGAAAGAUUACGUUUUACAUUAUUCUGCAUGCAUUCCAAGCAUUUUCAAGAGCAUGCAAGCGUGAUUGUUCUGUGUAAAAUUAAUCAUGGAAAAGUAAUAAAAGAGAUUACCGCUAUGGUGAACUUGGCAGUGUAGUUCUGUGAAUUGGACAAUAAUUUAUUGAUUGUAGGAAGCAAUGAGGGUGAUGAGAUUCAAAGACGAAAGCAUCUCUGAGAUUCUACAAGUUUUAGCUGGGAUACUUAACUUGGGAAACGUCACAUUUAUCUCCGGCAAUGGGGCUCAAAUUAAUGAGAAAUUUGGUAGGUUUUGAAAACGCAAAUAUUGUAUAUCUUUUUACCUUUUCAAUUAUAGUGAUCUUUGUUCUGAUCAAAGUGGUCGGUCAAUACACAACAGAAUAUUACGGAUCUCACCUAACUGUGGCCUUGCAGCAAAAAUUCAUAUCGUUUCAUAUUCAUAAGUUUGCAUUUCCAAUUCUAAACAGCCAAUCCCGUUCUUGGUAACAAUUGCUGUAACAAACGUUGAUUGGCGAGACGAUUUAAAAUAGAAUUGCAAGCAUGCAAAGAUAUGUGGGUGUGUUUAUAGACAUUUGUGGGAGUGGCAGUGAUUUGAAUUUUUUGGUACGAUGCUACAGUUUGGGAUCCGUAUUCCGUAAUAUGGACGAAGUCAUAUUUUAGGCUACGGAAUCAAACUACAGUUUAAACUCUCACAGAGACAAAUUAAGAUUUUAUUAAUAACAAGUUAUGUUCACAAUUAUGGGUUAGUAAGUAAUUGUAAUGUAAAGUUUGUGCGUUCACGGCAACCAGGUAUAUCAAUCAUGUUUUCGCUCGCUAGUCUGGUUUAAAUAAAUGAAUACCAAGCCCAGUCGAAUUGUAAUCAAGACCCAACGUUUCGAUACUCCAGUGUAGUGUCUUCAUCAGGGGUGAUUUAAAGUUGAAAUGUGGCUUCUUAAAUACCCAAGGGAUGACGUCAUCUGCCAAUAAGAUGCAUGUAUUCUUCUGGCAAAUAGCCAUUGUUGGGAGAACUGUAAAAAUUAAACAACCUGACAAUGUUUAAUAUACAUUGUUUAGUUUUGGAGGACAUUGCGGCUUUACUACAGGUGGACAUUUAUGAUCUGGAGGAUGCACUCACACAAAAGUCAAUGGUUUUGAGAGGAGAAGAGAUUAAAUCACCAUUAACUAUGGCACAG